CAGUCCAGUCUCUCUGCAGGUCAAGAAAGAUGGCGGCGGCGGCGGCGGCGGUGGAGAGCGGGCUCAAGCAGCGGAAUCAUAAAAACAGCUUCUUCACACAAGGCGGCAGCGACCGGUUUAACUCCCCGAUGAGGUGCGAGGAGGAAGAGGACGAGCUGCUGGAGGAAGAGGAGGAGGAGGAAGAGGCCAGUGCUCCGCGGCCGGUGCAGAUCGUGUCGGCGGAUGAGGAGGAGCACUCGUUCUCGCUGCAGGAGGAGGCGCUGGAGCGGCUGCUGCUGCAGGACGCCGUGCAGGACCUCCACGUGGUCGUGGUCUCCGUGGCCGGAGCUUUCCGCAAGGGCAAGUCCUUCCUGCUGGACUUCAUGCUGCGCUACAUGCACAGACAGUCGGGUUCGUGGGUCGGCAGCGACGACGAGCCCCUGACGGGCUUCAGCUGGCGAGGAGGCUGCGAGAGGGAGACCACGGGCAUCCUGGCCUGGAGCGAGGUGUUCGUGGUGGAGAAACCAGACGGCUGCAAGGUCAGUUCACGGGCCGACGCCCCGGUCGGCAUCUUCUCGCCGCUUGUGUACAACCUCUCCCAAAAUGUCCAGGAAGACGACCUGCAGCAUCUCCAGCUCUUCACCGAGUACGGACGGCUGGCCAUGGAGGAGGUCUACGAAAAACCUUUUCAGUCUCUGAUGUUCCUGAUCAGAGACUGGAGCUACCCCUACGAGCAUCCGUACGGUCUGACGGGAGGACAGAGCUUCCUGGAGAAGAGACUGCAGGUCAAGCAGAACCAACACGAGGAGCUGCAGAACGUCAGGAAACACAUCCACUCGUGCUUCUCCAACAUCGGCUGCUUCCUCCUGCCUCACCCGGGCCUCAGGGUGGCCACCAACCCGCACUUCGACGGACGCCUCAGCGAUAUCGACGAGGAGUUCAAGGCGGAGCUGGUGAACCUCGUCCCGACGCUGCUCGCUCCGGAGAACCUGGUGGAGAAAGAGAUCGGAGGAGUGAAGAUCACCUGCAGAGACCUACUGCACUACUUCAAAGCUUACAUGAAGAUCUACCAGGGAGAGGAGCUUCCUCACCCCAAGUCCAUGCUGCAGGCAACAGCUGAAGCUAAUAACCUGGCCGCUGUAGCAGGAGCCAAAGACUUGUACAACAAGAGCAUGGAGCAGGUCUGCGGCGGGGACCAGCCCUACGUUUCCCCGACUGAGCUGGAGCGGCGCCACGCCGAGCAGCGCCAGGCCUCGGUGAGACACUUCCGCUCGGUGAAGAAGAUGGGCGGCGAGGACUUCUGCCGGCGCUACCAGGAGCAGCUGGAGGCGGAGCUGGACGAGGCCUACGCCAACUUCAGCAAGCACAACGACGGCAAGAACAUCUUCUUCGCCGCGCGGACGCCGGCCACGCUGUUCGCCGUCAUGUUCGCCAUGUACGUGGCGUCGCUGGUCACGGGCUUCGUGGGCAUCGGCUCCGUGGCCGCGCUGUGUAACCUGGUGAUGGGCGCCGCGCUGACUGCGCUCUGCGUCUGGGCGUACGCCAAGUACUCGGGCGAGUACCGCGAGGUGGGAGCGGUCAUCGACCAGGUGGCUGAAACUCUCUGGGAGCAGAGGACUCCACGAAAGGUUUUCUCCAAGCUCUUCGAAGUGGCUCGGAGUCGAGUCCCGUUGGGGAGCCUGAUCCCGGCGCCGCGGCCCCGGCUCGCCUCGAACAACAACGUCAAGAAGAAAAACUAGCAGCACGCCACCUUGUUUUCCCAAGGCGUUUGAUCUUUCCUCUCCUUUCACUCUCUGCUCAGUUUUGAAAAACAAUUUUUUUUUAAGACUGUUUGAGAUGUGUAAAUUUGAGUUUUUGUUCUCUGACUGUAGACGAAGGUUCCUCGCCGUGCCGGCUGUAGACCCGGACGAAGCAGUGUGAUGUAUUUUAGUAUUUGUCAGUGGGCGGGGUUUAGGUAUUUAUUGGUGGGAGGGGCCAUUAUUCUAUCACCGAGAGUCGUCCCGGGUGAGUGUUUGCCCGUUGGACGACUCAGCAUUAAUGAUUCCUAUUUAUGUGAACGUAUGAAUGAAGAGCAUGACCUCCUCACGGUCCCCUUCCUGUCCCAACGUCUCCGUCAGGUCGGUCUCUGUCGCUGGGCGGCGUCCCAACCAAAGUUUUCAGCUUUACUCUUAGAGGCUCUCAGACUGGCGGGCUGACACAGCGCAUUCAGGACUUCAUCAACAAGUCGGUUUCUGGGACAUUUUUUACAGUUUUUCUUACUUACUCUGAAUCACAAACUCAUGGAUGUUUCUACGGUUCUGUGCGUUUGAACGACGAUUCCUACGGUUUAGCUUAAAAUGGUCAGUUUGGGUUUUUACUUCUCGGUAGUCGGUGUGUUACUGGUCUCACGUUGCCACAGCGCUAGCGUUGGGAAUUGUUUGGAUUUUAACGAUUAUCGUUUCCAAAGAACAUUCAUUGCUUCUGGGAGAAAACCUACCGCUGGGUUGAGAAUUAUGUGUGACUGUGUGUAGAGAGAGUGGACAGCGUUCGGACACAGACUUGUGUUCUCGCAACUCUUCAUCUUCCUUCUUCUGACUAGGGAUGCACCGAAUCCAGAUUUUUGGGGUUGGGCUGAAUCCUGAGAAUCCUGGUAGAGAUUGUGCUGACUCCUCCUCCCAUCCUCAGUCAAUGAACCCAGUAAACACAUGAAUGAAGUAAACAGGGACUGUCCUUCCUUUGCCGUACCUGAAGUUGCU